GUUCUUGUCGUUUGUUACUCCUGUUGUUUCUGCUUGGAAAUGAAGAAGGAAAUUUAUUCCGAAGAUCGAAUAAUCUAAAGGAAAGCUAUAGAGAUUACGGAAGAUGCGGAAGAAGUCUAUAGAUCAUCGUUGAAGGAGUUAGGAUCUAUAUUCUCUAAGAGUAUCUUCCCUUUCAAUAAGGUUCGAUCUUAUUGGAAUAAUGUGGACGAAACGGCAAAUUCUGCAUAUUUUGAUAGCCCUUAUCUUGACAUUUGCAGAAGCAGAACACCAUGAGAUUUAUGAAGAUCAAUAUAGAAAAAGUGAUAUCCCUUUCACCUGUUCUGAGGAAGGCUAUCAUCCUGAUCCACACGACUGCAGAGUUUUCUACAGAUGCGUCGAUAAAGGCAAUGGUGAUCCUUUGACAAUCUUUAAGUUCGAAUGUGGAAUUGACACAGUAUUUUCCAGAGAAAAAGGAAAUAUAUGCAUUCAUCCAAAUGAUAGUGAACGACCAGAAUGUGGUAGAUUUGAGAAUGAAAUAGAUUCUGAUAUUCAAAAUCUCAGUAUGGAUUCAUACCCAUCUUAUUCUACGUCCACAACAACUAUUAAAAUGACGGAUAGUACACAUAUAGCUACAACAACCACUACAACAGAGGCUACAACAACUACCCAAGAUUGGACGACUACGAGAAGAUCUAAUAUUAGUACCGAAUUUUCAACAACUACUCAGCCAUCAACACCUGAAUCAAAUCAAAAUGAGACGAUUGGUCUAGGAGGAGUACAAUGUACUACUGAUGGAUAUUUAUCUGACUUACAAGACUGCAGAAAAUUUUAUAGAUGUGUAGACGAAGGUGCAGGAAUAUUACGAAAAUAUGAGUUUACUUGUGGUAUAGGAACUGUUUGGGAUCCAAAGAUCGAAGGAUGCAACCAUGCUUGGGCAGUUACGAGAGAUGACUGCCGACAACGCCAAGAAAAUGGCAAUACAGAUAGCGGACAAUGGAAUGGCGAUAUAGGAGCUAAUGGGGGACAAUGGAAUGGAGAUACAGGAGAUAAUGGAGGACAAUGGAAUGGUGAUACAGGAAGUUGGAAUGGUGACAGUGGUACAUCAGGUAAUGAUAUUAAACCUGAUAAUUCGGGAAUUCUAGGAACACCAGGAACAUCAGGCACUCCUGGAACACCUGGAAUACCCGAAACAUCAGGUACAUCUGGCACAGCUGGAAUGACUGGCUAUCCUGGCUCUCCUGGUACUCCUGGAACACCAGGCAUAGCUGGAAUACCUGGAUACCCUGGUUUUCCAGGAUCAUCUGGCAUUCCUGGCUCUACUGAAACAUCAGGUACUCCUGGAACAGCUGGUACUCCUGGUUCCCCUGGAACACCAGGAACUCCUGGAACAGCUGGCAGUCCUGGAUCCCCUGGAACACCAGGUACUCCUGGAACAGCUGGCAGUCCUGGUUCCCCUGGAACAACAGGUACUCCUGGUUCCCCUGGAACACCAGGUACUCCUGGAACAGCUGGCAUUCCUGGCACUCUUGGUUCCUCAGGAACACCCGGAACACCAGGUACUCCUGGAACAGCUGGCAGUCCUGGUUCCCCUGGAACAACAGGUACUCCUGGAUCUCCUGGAACAUCAGGUACACCUGGAACAGCUGGCAGUCCUGGUUCCCCUGGAACACCAGGAACUCCUGGAUCCCCAGGAACACCCGGAACACCAGGUACACCUGGAACAGCUGGCAGUCCUGGUUCCCCUGGAACACCAGGUACUCCUGGAUCUCCUGGAACACCAGGUACUCCUGGAUCCCCAGGAACACCCGGAACACCAGGUACUCCUGGAACAGCUGGCAGUCCUGGUUCCCCUGGAACACCAGGUACUCCUGGAUCUCCUGGAACACCAGGUACUACUGGAUUUCCUGGAACACCAGGUAAACCUGGAACAGCUGGCAGUUCUGGUUCCCCUGGAACAUUAGGUACACCUGGAACACCUGGAACAACAGGAACAUCAGGUACUCCUGGAAUAGUUGGAACACCUAGCUCUCCUGGUACACCUGGAACAACAGGGACUCCUGGUACACCUGGAACAACAGGCACAACUGAAAUACCUGGCUACCCUGGUUCUUCUGGAUCAUCUGUCAUUUCUGGCUUUCCCGGAACACCAGGUACUCCUCCAACAACCGGCACUCCAGGUUCCCCUGGAACACCAGGUACUCCUGGAACAGCUGGCACUCCUGGUUCCCCUGGAACACCAGGUACACCUGGAUCUCCUGGAACACCCGAAACACCAGGUUCACCUGGUACAUCUGACAUUCCUGGAACCACUGGGAUUCCUGCUAGUUCAGACAUAUCUGGAAAUCCUGUUACUUCAGAAACUCCGAGCACAACUGACAGACCUAGUACUUCUGGAACUCUAGGUCCUACUGGACCAAUUUCUCCUGGAAUGCCUGGAGCACCAGGUAGUGUUGGUAUACCUGACACCACUGGAACUGAUGGCACUCCUGGUACAACUGGUGUUCCUGGAACGCCAGGUACUCCUGGUACUCCUGGAAUACCUGGUACUCCUGGAACACCUGGUACUCCUGGAUCAUCUGGUACUCCUGGAUCACCUGGUACUCCUGGAUCAUCUGGUACUCCUGGAUCACCUGGUACUCCUGGAUCACCUGGCUUACCUGGAUCACCUGGUACUCCUGGAUCACCUGGAAGUCCUGGAACACCAGGCUCACCUGCAUCACCUGCUACUCCUGGAACACCAGGCUCACCUGGAUCUCCUGGAACACCCGAAACACCAGGUUCACCUGGUACAUCUGACAUUCCUGGAACCACUGGGAUUCCUGCUAGUUCAGACAUAUCUGGAAAUCCUGUUACUUCAGAAACUCCGAGCAGCACUGAUACAUCAGAUACCCCUAUUAUAUCGGCUACUUCAGGUGUAUGCAUCGAAGAAGGAUUCUUUCCUGAUCCAAAGAAUUGUCGUAAAUUUUAUCGAUGUGUAAAAGAUAGCAAUGAAUUCAUAAAAUAUGAUUUUGAAUGUGGUGUUGGAACUGUUUGGGAUUCCACGAUACAAAGUUGUAAUCAUGAGUAUAACGUACCAAAUUGUACAAGUAAUGCUGAAGGGAAUUUAACAACACCUGAUUCUUCUGUCAAUGAAAUAGACUCUUCUACUCCUCUAAGUUCAAGUGAACAGCAACAAGUAAGCACAUCCAGGCCUACUCAAGGCACAACACUAGCUUCAGUGUCAUAUCUUCCCCCGGAAAUAACUACAGAAGGCAUGACUACGACAUUUACAAGACCAGAAGAUUCGGCAACAUCGACAGCAACUGACAGACCUAGUACUUCUGGAAUUCUAGGUCCUACUGGACCAAUUUCUCCUGGAAUGCCUGGAGCACCAGGUAGUGUUGGUAUACCUGGCACCACUGGAACUGAUGGCACUCCUGGUACAACUGGUGUUCCUGGAACGCCAGGUACACCUGGUUUACCUGGAUCACCUGGUUUACCUGGAUCACCUGGCACUCCUGGAUCUCCUGGUACUCCUGGAUCACCUGGUACUCCUGGAACACCAGGCUCACCUGCAUCACCUGGUACCCCUGGUACACCAGGCUCACCUGGAUCUCCUGGAACACCCGGAACACCAGGCUCACCUGGAUCUCCUGGAACACCCGGAACACCAGGCUCACCUGCAUCUCCUGGAACACCCGAAACACCAGGUUCACCUGGUACAUCUGACAUUCCUGGAACCACUGGGAUUCCUGCUAGUUCAGACAUAUCUGGAAAUCCUGUUACUUCAGAAACUCCGAGCAGCACUGAUACAUCAGAUACCCCUAUUAUAUCGGCUACUUCAGGUGUAUGCAUCGAAGAAGGAUUCUUCCCUGAUCCAAAGAAUUGUCGUAAAUUUUAUCGAUGUGUAAAAGAUAGCAAUGAAUUCAUAAAAUAUGAUUUUGAAUGUGGUGUUGGAACUGUUUGGGAUUCCACGAUACAAAGUUGUAAUCAUGAGUACAACGUACCAAAUUGUACAAGUAAUGCUGAAGGGAAUUUAACAACACCUGAUUCUUCUGUCAAUGAAAUAGACUCUUCUACUCCUCUAAGUUCAAGUGAACAGCAACAAGUAAGCACAUCCAGGCCUACUCAAGGCACAACACUAGCUUCAGUGUCAUAUCUUCCCCCGGAAAUGACUACAGAAGGCACGACUACGACAUUUACAAGACCAGAAGAUUCGGCAACAUCGACAGCAACUAACAGACCUAGUACUUCUGGAAUUCUAGGUCCUACCGGACCCAUCUCUCCUGGAUCACCUAGUUUACCUGGUUCACCUAGUACUCCUGGAUCAUCUGGUUUACCUGGAUUACCUGGUACUUCUGGAUCACCUGGUUUACCUGGAUCACCUGGUUUACCUGGAUCACCUGGUUUACCUGGAUCACCUGGCACUCCUGGAUCUCCUGGUACUCCUGGAUCACCUGGUACUCCUGGAACACCAGGCUCACCUGCAUCACCUGGUACCCCUGGUACACCAGGCUCACCUGGAUCUCCUGGAACACCCGGAACACCAGGCUCACCUGCAUCUCCUGGAACACCCGAAACACCAGGUUCACCUGGUACAUCUGACAUUCCUGGAACCACUGGGAUUCCUGCUAGUUCAGACAUAUCUGGAAAUCCUGUUACUUCAGAAACUCCGAGCACACCAGGUAGUGCUGGUAUACCUGGCACAACUGGAACUGAUGGCACUCCUGGUACGACUGGUGUUCCUGGAACGCCAGGUACUCCUGGUACAACUGUUGUUCCUGGAACGCCAGGUACUCUUGGUACUCCUGGAACACCUGGUACUCCUGGAACACCUGGUACUCCUGGAACACUUGGUACUCCUGGAACACUUGGUACUCCUGGAUCAUCUGGUUUACCUGGAUCACCUGGUACUCCUGGAUCAUCUGGUACUCCUGGAUCUCCUGGUACUCCUGCAUCACCUGGUACUCCUGGAACACCAGGCUCACCUGCAUCACCUGGUACCCCUGGUACACCAGGCUCACCUGGAUCUCCUGGAACACCCGGAACACCAGGCUCACCUGCAUCUCCUGGAACACCCGAAACACCAGGUUCACCUGGUACAUCUGACAUUCCUGGAACCACUGGGAUUCCUGCUAGUUCAGACAUAUCUGGAAAUCCUGUUACUUCAGAAACUCCGAGCAGCACUGAUACAUCAGAUACCCCUAUUAUAUCGGCUACUUCAGGUGUAUGCAUCGAAGAAGGAUUCUUCCCUGAUCCAAAGAAUUGUCGUAAAUUUUAUCGAUGUGUAAAAGAUAGCAAUGAAUUCAUAAAAUAUGAUUUUGAAUGUGGUGUUGGAACUGUUUGGGAUUCCACGAUACAAAGUUGUAAUCAUGAGUACAACGUACCAAAUUGUACAAGUAAUGCUGAAGGGAAUUUAACAACACCUGAUUCUUCUGUCAAUGAAAUAGACUCUUCUACUCCUCUAAGUUCAAGUGAACAGCAACAAGUAAGCACAUCCAGGCCUACUCAAGGCACAACACUAGCUUCAGUGUCAUAUCUUCCCCCGGAAAUGACUACAGAAGGCACGACUACGACAUUUACUAGACCAGAAGAUUCGGUAACAUCGACAGCAACUGACAGACCUAGUACUUCUGGAACUCUAGGUCCUACCGGACCCAUCUCUCCUGGAUCACCUGGUUUACCUGGGUCACCUAGUACUCCUGGAUCAUCUGGUUUACCUGGAUUACCUGGUACUUCUGGAUCACCUGGUUUACCUGGAUCACCUGGUACUCCUGGAUCACCUGGUACUCCUGGAUCAUCUGGUACUCCUGGAUCUCCUGGUACUCCUGCAUCACCUGGUACUCCUGGAACACCAGGCUCACCUGCAUCACCUGGUACCCCUGGUACACCAGGCUCACCUGGAUCUCCUGGAACACCCGGAACACCAGGCUCACCUGCAUCUCCUGGAACACCCGAAACACCAGGUUCACCUGGUACAUCUGACAUUCCUGGAACCACUGGGAUUCCUGCUAGUUCAGACAUAUCUGGAAAUCCUGUUACUUCAGAAACUCCGAGCAGCACUGAUACAUCAGAUACCCCUAUUAUAUCGGCUACUUCAGGUGUAUGCAUCGAAGAAGGAUUCUUCCCUGAUCCAAAGAAUUGUCGUAAAUUUUAUCGAUGUGUAAAAGAUAGCAAUGAAUUCAUAAAAUAUGAUUUUGAAUGUGGUGUUGGAACUGUUUGGGAUUCCACGAUACAAAGUUGUAAUCAUGAGUACAACGUACCAAAUUGUACAAGUAAUGCUGAAGGGAAUUUAACAACACCUGAUUCUUCUGUCAAUGAAAUAGACUCUUCUACUCCUCUAAGUUCAAGUGAACAGCAACAAGUAAGCACAUCCAGGCCUACUCAAGGCACAACACUAGCUUCAGUGUCAUAUCUUCCCCCGGAAAUGACUACAGAAGGCACGACUACGACAUUUACUAGACCAGAAGAUUCGGUAACAUCGACAGCAACUGACAGACCUAGUACUUCUGGAACUCUAGGUCCUACCGGACUCAUCUCUCCUGGAUCACCUGGUUUACCUGGGUCACCUAGUACUCCUGGUACUUUGGAAACACCUAGCAGCUCUGCCACUCCAGAUUCCUCAGUUAUACCAAGUAAUUCAGAUCUAUGUAAUAAAGAAGGAUUCUUCUCUAAUCCUGAUAGUUGCCAGAAAUUUUAUCGAUGUGUAAAAGAUAGCAAUGAAUUCAUAAAAUAUGAUUUUGAAUGUGCCAUUGGUACUGUUUGGGAUUCCCGCAUACAAAGUUGUAAUUACGAUUACAACGUACCAAAUUGUAGGAGUAACGCUGGUGUCGACAUGACAACACCCGAUUCUUCUAUCAAUGAAAUAGAUUUUAUUAAUGGAUCAAGUACAAAUGGACAGUCUGAAGUAAGUACUAGUAAACCUAUGGAAAGUACAACAUCUUCAAUCUUUAGUUCUACUAUAAUAACGACUACUACUAAUCAUGAGGCACAAUCUAUGAUUCCAACAACAAUUAUAUCUACAUCAUAUUUACCACCAUCAAUUUCUGAAGUAACUAGUAGUACACAAAUGACUUCUAGUACUAAACCUCCCGAAGUUACAUCACAAGUAACAUCAGCCUCAUACUUACCUCCUGUCAGUACUAUGCAGUCAAAUGAUGUUGGUCAAUCUGCAACUAUAUCACAACAGAUAAAUACUACUCCAUCAAGUACUGGACAAGUAGGAACGUCGGAUUGUAAUACAGAAAGUUUCAUCCCAAACCCUAACGAUUGCAAGAAGUUUUAUCGAUGUGUCAGUUAUCAAUCCGGAUUUGUAAGAUAUGAAUUUCAGUGCGGUCCUGGUACUGCUUGGGACCAAAGUAUACAAACAUGUAAUUAUAUUGAACAAGUCAGUUCCUGCAUGAUAAAUAAUAAUGAAAUAGUAGGAGAACAAGGUUCUACCUCAACUACUAAUUCUAGUAAAACACCUGCAACUAUUAAUGAAAAACCUGGACAGACUACAAUAAAACCCUCCUCAACUUAUAUACCAACAACUUCUGACUUGAAUGAGGUUCAGUUUACAUCUACUAAGUCUGAAAAUAUGCAGUUACUUGCAGGAUCAACUACUGAAAGUAUGUCGUCUUCUAAACCGCCAUAUCCAAUUUCAUCUUCCCCGUCUGAAUCGACAGUUUCAUCUUCUGAAUCAAACACAGAAUCAUCUAAUAUGGUCAAACCGCCCUGCACGACAUCCGAAAUUAAUAAUACAAUAGUUUGUAAUGAAGAAGGAUUUUAUCCGCAUCCAAUGUACUGUGAAAAAUUCUAUCGUUGCGUUAACAAUGGAAAAGGAUUUAACGUCUAUCACUUUAAUUGCCCACCGAGUACUAUAUUCGAUCCCAGUAUAAGCGCAUGUAAUUAUCCGGAAUCAGUCUAUCCAGCAAGAGAUUGUACUACAUUAGCAGCAGAGCCAAGUUCAUCUGGUAAUGAUAUUAUAACACAAUCUACGACAAUAUCAGAAGCAACAGAAGAAUCUUCGUCCACUGAGAGUUCAACAACGCAAAUUAAUACCGAAAUGUCUACAGGAACUACAACAUCAAUGGUAGAAUUUACAACCACGGGAAUUUCAACAGAAAUGACAUCGAUGACAUCGGAACAAACAACUUCCGGGGAAAUUACAUCCAUGUCCAGUACUGAAUCAUUUACUUCAACAGUGACCGAAAGGUUAACAGAAUCAACAUCAAGUUCCACUGAACAAACGACAGAAUCAACAAGUUUCACUGAACAAACAACAGAAUCAACAACAAGUUCCAUUGAACAAACAACAGAAUCAACUGUAAGUUCCACUGAACAAACAACAGAAUCAACUGUAAGUUCUACUGAACAAACAACAGAAUCAACUGUAAGUUCUACUGAACAAACAACAGAAUCAACUGUAAGUUCCACUGAACAAACAACAGAAUCAACUAGUUCUACUGAACAAACGACUGAAUCAACAGUAAGUUCCACUGAACAAACAAUAGAAUCAACAGAAGAAUCGUCUAUGAGUUCGACGCAAUCAGAAGCAUCUGCUAGUGAAUCAACAACGGAACAAUUUACUACAGAAUCUCAAAAACAGUCAACUGAAUCUCAAGAACAAUCAACGACUGAUAGUUCAGAACAAUCUACUGAAUCUCAAGAAUCAUCCACCACAGAAUCUCAAGAGUCGAUUACACAGACACAAGAGGGAUCUACUACGGAAUCAGAUGAAUCGACUUCUACAACCAAAGAACCUUCGAUGGUGACACCUUGUCCUAUUGGAAAUUUAACUGAUGAACAAAUAACUCUUAUUUGUCCCACAGGAUUCCGUAAACAUCCGCGAUAUUGUAAUUUGUUCUACCAAUGUACCAUUGAAGGUAAUAUGGAAAUCAAGAUUCUCGUUUUAAGUUGUCCCGAAAAUACUAUCUUCGACGAGCAAAAAAUUCAAUGUCUUCCUGAAAAUGAAACCAGUCAAGGUUGUACGGAUCUUCGUGCCAAUGCUAGAUUUUACAGAAAGUUGGAAGAAAAUUCAAUAACACCAGUGAAAGUCUCAUCGCAACCUUUAUGUCCUAACAUUGGACAUUAUCCAUAUCAGCAGGGUUGUAGCAACACAUUUUAUAAAUGCAAACGAGACAGUAGAGAUAAUUUGCAAGGAUAUUUUUAUAAGUGUCCUGCGAACUUCAUUUACUGGUCGGUUUCUAGAAGAUGUGAACGUGCUACUCGUCUACCUAUGUGCACACAUUUAGCAUACAGAAAGAAUGAUUUUUGGGACAGUCGAUGGCAAUUACCAGUCGAAGACAUCAAUCUUUCCGCGAGAGCAUUGCGUCUUUUUUGAGUCAUUAGCUAAUGAUACACUACUUUCGUAAAUUUCCAAGAACAGUAUAAAUCUCUCAGGUUACAUGCAAAACUUGUCAUCAGGAAACAUUAUACAAGUCUUGCACGUAGAAGUGAAUGAGACGAUUAAUCGGAUUUUGUCAACAUGGCUGCCGAAGAUAUAACAUUUGACAGAUCUUCGAUAGCCAUCUUGAAACGAUUUACGUUCGUUCCAACUUCUACAAUGAAACUGAUAAUAUUUUUCUAUUAUAAUCAGUUUCAUUUAGAGUAGUUAGUUUAAAUAAUUACUAAUUAUCAUCGAUCAUAAUUCAUAUCAUUGUGCCGUACAAUCUUUGUUGACGACAAUAUUGAAUAUUUUUGACAAGAGAUCAUAAGCGAUAAUUGGGGUUUUGGUUGCGGGACUUGUAUGCAAUACACGACUGUAUUUAAUAGUAUAGUAAAUCAUAUGUAUAUUUAUUAAGCUGAUAAUUAGUUUAAAUAGUAUUGAUAGAAGUUCACGGAAAGAUUCUCAGGAAAUGUCUUCGUUGUGGAGUGAUCUAUACUCUUAAAACGGGAAUAACAUUUUUGAAGCGACUGAAUUUAUAUGUUUGAAAUGUAAAAAA